GCAAAAGCAUAGGAUCUUCAUCCAGGUAAAACUUUACGAGAUAAUAUUUCAUAUAGUCACUCAGCUAUGAGCUGUUUUCACAUAAAACCACUCAACUAUAAGCUCUUUUCACAGAAAGUGACUUUCUGCGAAAAAAGUCCAUAAAAAAGCAUAUUUUUCACUUAUUACACUUUUUAAUCUUGUUUUGUUUUCUUUUUUAUCCUUAUUCCUUUCAGGAAACUAAUGCAUGCUUCAUCAUCAGAUGUUCAGCUCAACAUCUGUGGAUUGCCAUUCUCUUUGAAUAGGGUGAGAAUUACUAUCAUCCUCCAACGUCUCGAGUUUGAGCCUUAGUAGGAAAUAAUAAAUAGAGUCUUAAUAUGUCAUCUCUUUGUGUUGAACUUACAGGAACUCUUGGCUGCAAGAUCUUCAAAGCUAGAUGCAUUACUGAGAGAGAAUCCUGAAGAUGAUCUUUCUCAUUUGCUAGGAGAUAUUCCCGCGGAUUCUGAAACGUUUGAGAUUGUAGCAAGAUUCUGCCAUGGCUUUGACAUAAACUUGUCAUCUGAGAAUGUUAUUAAAGUACUUUGUCUUGCUCACUAUCUUGGAAUGUCCGAAAUUCACAGCACCAAUAACCUCACAAAGAAGGCUUGUUUCUACUUUCAAAACGAUGUGCUUCCUAGCUGGAACAAGAGUAUUAAAGCCCUCAGAUCUGCAGAAAACAUUCUUCAACAAGCCGCGGAUCUUGCCUUGAUUGAUGCAUGUGCUGAGUCCAUCAUCGCCAAGGUAAUGCACGAUCCAAGUCUUCUUGGAGAGCCAAUGAGGAAUGUAACAACAACGGAUGAUGAUAGUGAGAACGAUGAAAAUGCCUACAAGCCAAAUGUUAGGAGGCGGCUUUUUGUUCUUGACUGGAAAUCAGAGGACUUGACACUACUUUCCAUUCCUCUCUACGAGCCCAUAAUUCGUGCAAUGGUUCAACGAAAAGUCCCUCUGGAAUAUGUGGCAUCAUCUCUGUUUGAGUAUCUCAACAAAUGGGUUUUUUCGGACACUGAAGGAGGAGAAGAUGAUCCGUUAACUUGUGAGAAGAAUUCUCAAAGAGUGAUCAUUGAGGCAGUGGAGAGACUGUUGCCUCAAGAAAGGGGGCUAAUCCCCAUUUCUUUGCUCUCUCAAAUGCUGCAAUCUGCGAUAAUCUUGGAUGCUCAUACUGAAUGCAAAACCGGGUUGGAGAUUAGAAUAGGAAAGCAACUAGACCAGGCAACCGUGAAGGACCUCUUAAUACCUGCACAAGGAUAUGCAAAAGAAGAGCGUUAUGACACUGAAAGUGUGAAAAGGAUAUUAAAGAAUUUCUACAGCAAUUACGCAAGCACAGAUAAAUCUGGCCUAGUCGUGGUAGCUGAACUUGUAGAUAACUUCUUGGCUGAGGUUUCUAGUGAUAUAGAUUUAAAGUUGAACACAUUCUUAUCACUAGCAGAGUUAUCACAAGCAGCAACAGGAGGAACUAACAGAAAUUCUGAUGGUAUGUAUAGAGCAAUUGAUAUAUACUUGGACAAGCACAGAUAUCUCACAGAUUGGGAAAGGGAGGAGGUUUGCAGGGUGUUAGAUUCCAGCAAAAUGUCUCCUGAAGCCUGUGAGCAUGCUGCACAGAACGAAAAACUACCAAUUCGAGUGAUGGUUCAGAUUCUGUUUUCUGUGCAGCUGAAGUUGAAGGAUACCGUGUCCAAGAAGAUACAAGGGAGUCCUGAUAACCGAUUGUUGAAGCUGGAAGAAGAUGAGAGAGGGACUAGCAGCAAUGAAGAGGAAAUUAUGAAAGCAGAGAUAGAAAAGAUGGGAAGCAAGGUGGUUAAGCUGGAGAAAGAAUGCGAUACGAUGAGAAGGGAAAUUCAAAGAGGUGAUUCCCAGCACAAGAACCAAAAGGGGAAAACAAGCAUAUGGAAAGAAAUGAAGAGGAAACUUGGUUGUAUGACAAGCUUGCAUGAACCAAAUUGUCAUGUGAAGAAGAAAAAAGUCCAUCCUCCAAAAUAGAAGUUCUACUUCCAUAUGCAUUACUCUUAAAAACAUAAAUGCUUUUGAAUGUCAUUAGGUUUUCUUUCUCAUGAAUGUUCUUCGUGUAGCUUGUGAAAAGGCAAGUACUUUUGCCAUCUAUAAGUUUAGUUCUUAUUCAAUGAUAAUUUGCAGGUUCAAGUUGUCUAUGGCUUGUGAAGAAAUAAAAGUUAAAAAUCAACACACAUUACAGAAGAUAAAAAAACCUAGGUGGCUAACUCAGUUCAGUGCGCACACUUGCAUAGACAUGGAAGGCCUAAAAAAAAUAUU